UACAAUGAAUUGGAAAAGCAAAAGAGGUGUUGCUUCUCCAAAUUUGACCAUUUUACUCUAUAUUGGCUGCUUCUGUGCUGGAAUGCUCUUCACUCACAGAGUGUGGCAGUACCUGAAGCUAAAGGCAUAUCGAGGACAACACAUAUUGAUGAUCAAAAGCAGAAGGUUGUAAAAAGUGAAUCCAAGUAUAUUCCUGCGGAUACUUCAAGGACGCAUCAUGCUGUACAAACCCUGGAUACAACAAUCUCGAAUCUGGAGAUGGAAUUAGCUGCAGCAAGGGCGUUGCAGGAUUCUAUAACGAGUGGGUCUCCAAUAGCCGAAGAUCUAAAGAUCUCUGAAAAGAGAAAAUAUCUCAUGGUCAUAGGGAUAAACACUGCCUUUAGUAGCCGAAAGAGAAGAGACUCAGUUCGUGCUACCUGGAUGCCUCAAGGUGAUAAGCUCAAGAAGCUUGAGGAGGAAAAGGGUAUUGUGAUGCGGUUUGUAAUCGGACACAGUGCAACAUCAGGUGGCAUUCUUGAUAGAGCAAUUGAAGCAGAAGAGAAACAGCAUGGAGAUUUCUUGAGGCUGGAACAUGUUGAGGGAUACCUUGAAUUAUCGGCCAAGACAAAGAGCUAUUUUAUUACUGCUAUUGCACUUUGGGAUGCAGAUUUCUAUGUCAAAGUUGAUGACGAUGUACAUGUAAAUAUAGGAACACUUGCAGCAACUCUAGCUACACAUCGUUCAAAACAAAGGGUAUAUAUUGGUUGCAUGAAAUCUGGUCCUGUCCUUGCGCAGAAGGGAGUGAGAUAUCAUGAACCCGAGCAUUGGAAAUUUGGUGAGGACGGGAACAGGUAUUUCCGACAUGCAACAGGCCAGCUAUAUGCCAUCUCAAAAGACUUGGCCACUUAUAUAUCUAUAAACCGGCAUAUUCUACAUAAGUAUGCUAACGAGGAUGUUACAUUGGGAUCAUGGUUCAUUGGAUUGGAUGUGGAACAUAUAGAUGACCGCAAAAUGUGUUGUGGAACUCCACCGGAUUGCGAGUGGAAAGCUCAAACCGGCAACAUCUGUGUUGCUUCCUUUGAUUGGAGCUGCAGUGGUAUUUGCAAGUCUGUAGAGAGGAUUAAGGAGGUUCAUCAACGAUGUGGGGAAAACGAGAAUGCUUUGUGGAGCUCUGUCUUCUGAUAAUUCAGCAUUUUGUCCAAUCUCUGGAGUUUGCUAGUAGAUCCUAAGGACUCUACAAAAUGAUCAAUGUCUCCCAAGAAUUUAGUUUGGUCAGCUUGUAAAAUAUGAAUUGUACAUUAUCAUGGUCGAUAUGUGAAAUCAAGUGUAAACAACCAUUCAUUUUAGAUGCUUAGGAAUAACAUUUGUUAGUUUUUUUAAGGGGAAAUAAAACUAAUUAGUGUAUACAUCAGCAAGCCUUUGCUGUUUUCAUAUAGUACCAAAUCUUCCACUCAUGUUGGAUGACUUUCUACUACUUACAGUGCAGUGGACAUGAUCAUGACACUUCAUCUUUGCCCCAAUUGUAAACUUUUCCUUUGUUUA